CACACACACACACACACACACACACACACACACACACACACACACAGGCGCUCUAUCUGCAUAGGCAAAUUCUAGAGGGGCAGUGGUGAGGGAGAGAGAGAGUGAGUGAGAGAGGGAGAGAAGUUGACAGAGAGAGAGAAAGAGGUAGAGAGGGAGGGAGAGCAGUUGAGGAGGGGUAGAGAGAGAGAGAGGGUGACGAAGCCAUCAGGGAGCAACUUUGCACAACAGAUAUCAAGGGUUGUGCAAGAUUAGAACCCUUAGAGGUCCACACAGGUAAAGCAGCCACUGUUGGUCCUGAUACACUCUGGGAGUUUUUUUUUUGCAUGUCGGCCUGAGAGGAUUGCGGCAGAUCACCCAGUACCCGGUCAGACCUGUGGAGUCGUACAGUGAGGGGACAGGGGAAAAAGUGGACGUUAGGACGCGCCUCGCAAAAUGACCCGCUACUGCAGUUUGCUCCGGCGGCUUCUGUCACUCGACAAAAAGGGCGAGGACGAUGAUGAGGAGGAAGGGGCAGCCAAAAUAGAGAGCACCGAGCCGGAGCCACAGCUGAAAGGCAUUGUGACGCGACUGUUCAGCGAGCAGGGCUUCUACCUGCAGAUGCAGCCCGAUGGCACUAUCAAUGGGAGCAAAGACGAGAACAGUGACUACACCCUGUUUAACCUCAUCCCAGUGGGCCUGCGAGUGGUGGCCAUUCAGGCGGUCAAGACCGGACUCUACGUGGCGAUGAACGGAGAGGGCUUCCUCUACACCUCAGACAUGUUCACGCCUGAGUGUAAGUUUAAGGAGUCCGUGUUUGAGAACUACUACGUCAUCUACUCCUCCACGCUGUACCGGCAGCACGAGUCCGGCCGCGCCUGGUUCCUGGGCCUCAACAAGGAUGGCGUGGUCAUGAAGGGCAACCGUGUGAAGAAGACUAAGCCCUGCUCACACUUUGUGCCCAGACCUAUCGAAGUGUGCAUGUACAAAGAGCCGUCGCUGCAUGAGAUCGAGGAGAAGCAGCGCUCGCGGAAAGACUCAGGGACUCCCACCAUGAACGGCGGCGAGAAGGUGGUGAGCCAGGACACUACAGAGCAGGACGGGUCAUAGCCUGCACCGGGCACCACAAGCACGGCACAGUGCGGCGCCCCCUGGAGUCGAACUCCAUUUCUUACACCUUGUUCAAGAGAAAUCAAGCAAGCGAGCUAACAAACAAACAAACAAACAAA